AAACAAACACGGUGACGUCACAGUGUCAUGGCGGCGAGCAGUGCGACGGUGUCAGUUUUAACUCCGAACGGAAGGAGACAGACUGUCAAAGUGUCUCCAAACACAUCUUUAUUACAGGUCCUUGAGGAUGUGUGUAAAAAACAUGGCUUUAAUCCAGAUGAACAUGGACUCAAGUUUCAGAGGUUCGUUCUAGAUUUGUCUCUCCAGUGGCGGUUUGCCAGUCUGCCCAAUAAUGCCAAGCUGGAGAUGGUGGUGUGUUCUCGGCCACAGACAGGAGCUGAGAGCGCGGUGCGGAUCGCGCUGCAGAUGGAGGACGGCUCUCGUCUUCAAGGCUCUUUCUCGAGCGGACAGACGUUAUGGGAUCUACUGACACACUUUCCUCAAACCAGGACAUCUGAUCUGGACGCAUCUGGACACACACCAGUGUGUGUUUACAUGAGAGACGAGGUCAGCGGUGAGGAUGCGCUGAAGAAGACGACUCUGAAGUCUCUGGGUCUCACCGGAGGAAGUGCCAUCAUACGUUAUGUGCUGAAAGGCUCGGUCUCCUCGGGUCCUGCUGCCUCUGUGGAUGCGGUCGCUAUGCCAACGAAUGUUGUUGUCAAGACAACCGUAUCACAACCGCCUCCAGAACCACCCAAGGAGCCCGCCCCCAUUCCCAUGGAAACCCCAGCUCCUCCCACUGAGGUCACCGCCGCGCCGAAACAUCAUCCUGUCAAACCGGAAGAGGAGGAGCCAAGCUCGAGCCAAGAGCAGGGGGUGUGGCCCAAAACUGACCAGCCUCCUCAAGCCAAACUGAUGCCACAGGAGGAUGACGAGCGCCCUGGGACGUCCCAACAGUGCCCUGGCUCCGCCCCCUCAGCCACGCCCACUGACUUUGUGCCAUUUUCUGGAAGCGGUCAGCGUCUUGGAGAAACUGCUGGACUGAAGACGUCCACGUCAUGGUCAUCAUGUGUGUCCGGCAGUCCUCCGAAAGCCAAGAAACCCAAACCCAGCCAUGCACUCAAGCGAUCAGUCAGUGCCAAACAAGCAACUAGGGAUGAAGAGGAAACAGAUGAAUUUCUGGAGCCGGUCGACAGGGAACCGCUGGUCUUCCAUCUGGACUCCGUAGCACGUCCCAAUGACGACGCAGAACUCCCUGACGAGUUUUUUGAAGUCACUGUUGACGACAUUCGGAAGAGAUUCGCGCAGCUGAAGAGUGAGAGGAAGGCGCUGGAGGAAGCUCCUCUCGUGACUAAAUCUCUGCGAGAGUCUCAGAUGAAGGAGAAGUUGGACAGGUAUCCAAAGGUGGCGCUGAGGGUCCAGUUUCCUGACCGCUCUGUUCUUCAGGGCUUCUUCAGACCUCUAGAAACAGUCGCUGCUCUGAGGAGGUUUGUACAGUCUCACCUGCAGGACCCACAGAUGCAGUUUUACCUGUUUGUUGCGCCUCCCAAAACCAUCCUAGACGAGCCGAAUGUCACUCUAUUCCAGGCGAGUCUCUUCCCUGCUGCGCUCGUGUACUUUGGCUCAGACGUGAGGACAGAUGGUUACUUGCGCUCUGAUCUUCUGGACGUCAGUGUCUCCGCCCUGCAGGCUGAUGAGCUCAUAGCAGGCUGUAUGCCACACUCUCCUCCUCCUCCUGUCUCUGAAGACGACCCCCCUCCCGCUCCCGAGUCAUGUGACUCCUCCGGCCAGCGGGGGGCGACGGAGGACGGCUGUGAUGCUCAGACGGCUGCGGUCAGACCAGUACAGACCGACCCCAGCAAAGUGCCUAAAUGGCUCAAACUGCCUGGUAAGAAGUGAAGAGGAUGAGAGCGAUCAGAUUCUCCAUCAGUAGAUCAAUAGUUUGACAGUAAUCAUGCAAACCUGCAUCAAUUAAACACAUGAUGAUAAUUGCC